GGCAUGGGCGGGCGCUGAGCCCGGCCCGCCAUGGACGAGCACGGCGGGAGGGAGGACGGCAUGAAGGAGGAGGAGGAGGAGGACGGCGGCGAGGCCAUGAUGGACGACCAGAACCACAACAACUGGGGCGCCUACGGGCGGUACCUGCUGGAGGAGCGGCUGCUGCCGCCGGCGGGGCCGCCGCGCCCCGCGGGGCCCGAGCACAACGGCGGGGCAGUGCGGGGCUGCGAGCCGGCGGGCACGGCCGGCAGGGCGGGCGCGGCCGGGGCCAUCGCCGCCAUCAACAUCAGCGCCUCCACCUCCAAGUUCCUGAUGAAUGUUAUCACAAUUGAAGACUAUAAGAGCACAUAUUGGCCAAAGUUGGACAGUGCCAUAGAUCAGCUUUUAACUCAGAGUCCUGGUGACUACAUCCCUAUUUCCUAUGAACAAAUAUACAGUUGUGUGUAUAAGUGUGUGUGCCAGCAGCAUUCGGAGCAGAUGUAUAGUGACCUAAUAAAAAAGAUAACUAACCACUUAGAGAGAGUCUCAAAGGAGCUGCAGGCCAGCCCUCCAGAUCUCUAUAUUGAAAGAUUUAACAUAGCUCUUGGACAGUAUAUGGGAGCAUUGCAGAGCAUUGUGCCUCUUUUCAUAUAUAUGAAUAAAUUUUACAUAGAAACCAAGCUUAACAGAGACUUAAAAGAUGACCUUAUAAAGCUGUUUACGGAACACGUUGCAGAAAAGCACAUUUACAACCUAAUGCCUUUACUUUUGGAAGCUCAGUCAAGGCCGUUUCAGAUAACUCCUUCGACCAUGGCAAACAUUGUGAAGGGCCUGUAUACACUACGACCAGAAUGGGUACAGAUGGCACCAGCUUUAUUUUCUAAAUUCAUCCCAAAUGUUCUCCCCCCUGCUGUGGAAUCUGAGCUUCCGGAAUAUGCUGCUCAAGACCAGAAACUUCAAAGAGAGCUUAUUCAGAAUGGAUUUACAAGAGGUGACCAGUCACGCAAGAGGCCUGGAGAAGAGCUUUACAGUGGCUCAUCAGCCUGUGCAAGCUCCAGGGGAUACAGAUAGUGAAUAUACUGGAUCAGCUUCUAUUCCUGGCCAGAACAGACACUGGAGGAGCACAGAUGGUAUCUGGAGCCUCCUUUGACACCUGCUGAUACUCAAGCUCUGACACGAACUUCGCCUCAAAGAAGAGCUCUGGACUUUCUUCUUUGUGUAAUGUCAGUGCUGCUACAGUUGGGGUGACUUUGAGAGACGUGGUUCCUUGGCCUGGCCUAUCAGCAAGUUCAUGUUCUGCGACUCCUGUGAGGAAUGCACCUUGAAAAACAAUCCUUUCAAAGUGGAAAUGGGCAGCCGAAAUCAGCAGCUUCCAAAAAGCAUUAGAAUGGAAGAAUCCUUUUUGCACUCUUUUCUUAAUAUUAAGGACAUUCUUAAAACUAGUUAACACGUCAGUGUAUUAGUUUUUGAACUUCAAGUUAUUUUCUGGAGCUUCUACUUAAUAAUAAGAAUAAAGUUUCAUUAUUUUGCAGUAUUUGUUUGUUAGUUUAAAAAUUGUCACCUUUAAGAGUUGGUCCCUUUGUCACCAGAAAUUGGGAGAUAGACUCUCCAACCAAUUUGGUAGGUUAGGAGGCCACCAUCACUGUAUUACCAGUGCUGGAUGCAUGGGGAUUGCUCCACAAAGCAUGCAUACCAGCAACCUAGCAGACCAGCUUAUGUUCAUGGAACUAAUGCAUAUUCAUCACAUUUCUGUUGCAUAUUCAUGGCAUUUCCUGAAUGCAUCCAUAUAUGCUAAUUAUAUCCAUGGACUUAUGGAUGUGGUUCCAGAUCUUCUGAUGAAUCUUUUUCUCCUUGAGAGUAUCUCAAAUAUGUGGUCAGGUUACAAUGUGCUUCUCUUACCAUUCUUUGGUCUGACACGCAGUCCUUGUUCUCAAAAGUUUAGGCAUCUGCUAGUUCAUGUUGACCACUGAUACAGGUAAAUAAGGAAGCAAUAGCUGGCACAAGACUAUUAGUCAUAGAUGUAGGGAUCAAACACUGUUUUAUUAAGGUUAAAAGAGUUUUCCAACAUCUUCCCCCACUGCUGCAUAGACUCCUUUUAUAAGAAAAAAAAAUAUAACUUGUUCAGUAACACCAUGUAAAUGUAUCUUCUGUCAGGGAGCUUUCAAUUCCAGAUUUUUGUUUUAUCUCUUUGUUUUGUUACGUGGUAUUUUGAAAUCUGUUUUCCUAUGUGUUUGUACUCUGUGCCUUCAGCUUGAGCACUUUGCGACUUUAUAGACCAUAUUUUGUGACUGCAAAAUGUGUUCUUGAGGAGAAACUUGAUGUGAACAAACAUGCUGCAAAGUUGCACUUUUCUCUUGCGUUAAAAAGGAAGCGAAUUUAAGGAGGAAGGAAGAAAAGUUGAACCUGUCACCAUCACUAAUAGUGACUUGGAAGUUUGUCCCCCUUUGUUUUUCAUGUGUAUUAGUGUUUAAUGCAGGGACCAGCUCUUGUAGAACCCCCCUCACUGACUUUCCUUUGGCUUCAGGAGUUGGACUUGUGGGUCCCUUCCAGCUCAGAAUGUUCUGUGAUUCUGUGGUUCCAUAAUUGCAGUAGAUGGAGGUGGGAAUUCCAGGCUGAAUGAAAUACUAAGAUAUGGUUUAUGCUGUGCUUUGUAGAAGCACUGGGGGUGAAAUUCUGCAGUCUGGGGGGUCUGCAGAGGUCUCCGUGAGCACAAGAUUUGCACUGGGUUGAUCAGCAAACUACGGUACCUGUCCAAGAUCACUCUGAGGCUCCUGUGCCACCCUCCUGGCUGGGAGGAGCUAUGGGGGGGCUGUGGGAGUGGGUGCAGCCAGAAUCAGGGAUUUGAGGAGUGGUGUGAUGUGUGCAUGUGUCCCCAUCGGCCUCCUGCCUCCAGGCUUGUGUGAGCUCGGCUGGACAUCCAUCCAGCUGGACACAGCUCCAGGAGAUCAGGUGUGUGUCUAAUCGUUGUGAUGUAGGUUUAAUCAGCAGCAUGGCUAAUGCAGCUCUCUCACCAGGGGAUAGACAUACUUGAAAAGCAGCUUGACUACAGGGUUUGGGUUUUUUUCAUUACUAUGGAUUUAUUUUUUUAUCACCUUUAGUUAUGAAGAGAAUUGAGUUGGUAGUGCAAGAUCUUUCUGAAGUGAAAUAGAAGGUUUGUUCAGUUUUGUCUGGCACAACUCUGAUGCCUGUUUAA